AUGAUUAAUGAAAAAAAUUAAAUUUUGCCUCUUUAUGUACCCGUAUUUCCUUUUUAUAUACCUUUAGAGUUGGAAAAUGGAGUAUAUUACAUAGGUUAAUGGAAAAAUAAAAAGCGAUCUGCAAGGGGAAAACAGUUAUAUGGAGUAAUAGUUCUUAAUAUGAAGGCUACUGGGAAUAAAUAUAUGGCAGACGAAAUAGGUAGAUUAAUCUAUGCAGAUGGAAAGAAAGAUAUUAUGAAUAAAAACAGUUAUUUAGAUAAUCAAUUAAGUAAUAUGAAUUAAUUAAACUCUAACACUAAUUUAAUUUUUAAAUCAAGAAAAUUUUAAGAAAGAUAAUAUAUGAAUAGCUAGCAAUCUUGUUUAUAUUCGAUAAAAUCCCUAAAUAAAUGA